AGCAAGACAUUCCACUCAGUCAGUCCUCUCACCUGCACUUUACAGACACAACAGAAGGAAGCCUGAAAGAUGGAGAAACUUAUACUGCUCUAUUUUCUUCUUGGAGUAAUAGGACCUGGUGGAGGCGCUGUAAAUUUCAUUGGAUUACCUAAUAGAGUCAAUGUCUUGGAAAAUCAGCCAGCUGGUAUCACUGUCUUUACAUUCUCUCUAUCUACGUCCAACAUAUCAUCUGGAUUCCCUUAUAUAAUUAACACGAAUCCCUUAACCAAGGCUUUCUCGAUUGCCUGUUCUUCGACAGAUUGUAAUGUGGUCACUACAGGAAAUCCCAUGCUGAAUUAUGAGACUACACCCAACAGCUUUGACUUGCAGAUUUAUGUGGAAGGCACUUUAGGGACCACUGAUCUCCAAAUCCUAACAGUGCAGGUCACCAGUGUCAAUGAACCUCCUGUGUUUCUGGACAACUUAGCAAAUCAAGAUGUGAUGCUUUAUAUCACAGAAGGAACUUCCAUGGGUAGUAUUUAUCAGAUUCAAGCAUCUGACCCCGAUAACUCAACCACGCUGAUUUAUUCACUGACUCCUACUUCAGCUCCAUUUAGUGUCUCUCCCACAGGGACAAUUUCUUCUACAAAAGUGUUCGAUUACGAGACUGAUCCACAAAGUUACUCAUUGACGGUGACAGUGAGAGACCAACAAGGAUUGUCUGUUAAUGGAACUAUUACUGUUUUCAUAACAAACGUGAAUGAUGAAACACCAUAUUUCACCACAACCACAAGAAUAUAUUCUAUCCCAGAGGAACAGAUUCCAGGAACUAUUGUUGCAAAUGUAACGGCAGCAGAUCCAGAUGCAGUUGGUUUCAUUAACACUCUGCUCUAUAGCAUCAACCCACCAUCAGAGUACUUCACCAUAGAUCAGUUGACAGGCACAAUUCGAAUUGCGAUGACCAUAGACCGUGAAGCUGAUCCGUUCCGGCUUCAACCUAAUAUAAAUGUACAAGUUAUGGUGAAGGACAGCCCUAGUGGUGGGCAUACGAACAGCACAACUUUAACAUUCACUAUACAAGAUAUCAAUGAUAACCCACCAACCUGCCUUCAGUAUGCAUUCAGUACGUCCGUGCCGGAAACAGAAAUAAAUGGCUCUCUUAUAAUAAAUCUCUCAAAUAUGUGCAAAGACAUUGAUGUUGAUUCUCCCAACAAUUUGUUCAAUUUUUCUGGCCUGUCGGGACUUGGCAGCAAUCAAAGAUUUCAACUUGACCCAGCUGGUACAGGAAAAAUAAUACUAAUUGGUAAUCUCAAUUUUGAAGAUCCUAAUAAUCUAGCAGUUGGCAAUGAAUACAGCUUGACUCUGCAGGUCCAGGACGUUGCAUUCCCAUACUAUACAAAAAAUCUUUAUGUGUAUGUGAAGACCACGCCAGUUGAUGAGUUUCCACCAGUUUUCAAUAGAUCAUCAUAUGUUUUCAAUGUUUCAGAACUGUCUCCACCUUCAUCAAAAAUUGGCCAAGUGUAUGCUACUGACCAGGACUACCCUUUCAUCGGGAUCACAUACUCUAUAGUCACUGGUGGAAGCACUCUGAGUGAUUCAAAUGUGUUUUGGCUUGAUCCCAGCACAGGAAGCCUGCAGCUUGCUACUUACCUUGAUUACGAAACUACACCUGUAUACACACUGACAGUCCAAGCUACAGACUCGGCUUCCAAAACUGCUACAGUUUCAGUAACAGUCAAUGUUUUGGAAGCAAAUGAUGAAAAGCCAAUAUGUUUGCCAAAUGCAUAUACACUGUCUAUCCCAGUUGAUCAAGCUAUAGGAACAAAUAUACAAAAUUUCAAGCUGACAUGUACAGAUCGUGAUUCUGGCCCUAGCUCAUUCAUCUACUCCAUUAACUCAGGGAACAUAAACAAUCACUUUGCUUUCUCGCCUACUGCUGGUUCAAACAUCUCAAAACUGGUCCUUGCAAUCCCAUUUGACUACUCAGGAGGUAGUGACACUACCUGGAACUAUAACCUAAGGGUUUUUAUAACAGACGGCAACUUACUACCGCCAGGAUCAGUUGGUGUUGUUCAGACAGGGACUGUUUCUUUGUACAUAAAUGUUUACAUUCCUGGACUCACCACCACAACGACAACAACCACGCCAGAAAUUAUAUACCAACGUUCAACUGAAAAUACCUACUCAGCAGUCGCCUGGUAUGUGCCAUUUGUCAUCACCCUUGGCUGUCUGCUUCUCCUUGGCUUCCUGGGAUUACUGACAUAUCUUCUGUUCAAACAUUGUUCGUGUAGAACCAGUCCCAAACCUGACAAAGAACCACUAGACAAACCAAAAAAGAAAAAAGUUAAGCAUGAUGUAUUCUGGGAAAUGACUAAGGUCAACACAGUAUUUGAUGGAGAAGCGCAAGAUCCAAUUACAGGAAUGAUCUAUGAGUACAACUCAAAAUCUGGGGCAAGAAGAUGGAAGGACACCCAGCAACCUAUUGAGACAAGACAAGCAGGUGAACCAAUGGGCCCAGCUGCAGAAAAGGAUAUGCAAGGAAAACCAAGAGGAACCCCAAACAAGAGAGAAAAAACUCCAAACAACACAGCAAAGGAAGGCCAGGAGACCAGCACUUCUAAACCUGCUACCCCAAACAGGCUAAAGACACCUAAUCAAACAUCUACCACAAUGGAAAAUGGUAAAGAAAGCACCGUCAGAAGAGCACCCUCACCAUUAUCACCAAAACAAACUCCUAAAGUAGCCCCUAAAACCCCAUUAACUUCCACCUAAGUGAAAUCCACAGAAUGAAACUACAAAAUUCCAAUGAUGUUUUAGUCUGAUCAUCGAUGGAAAGGAGAAAGUACUAAAGGAAUAUACAUAUUGUAUUUUGCUUAAUAGUGUUAAUGGUUGAUAAAAAGUCAUAUUAAAAAGUAAAUUAAUUUGUUUUAACGUAAUAUAAACCCCCUUGUGAUUGACUUUCAUCUUUUUUUAUUUUUCUUUGACAAAGACAAAAUACAACACUGCAGUACAAAUAUGUAGCAUCACUGUGUGGUCACAUAUCAUUUUAAAAAAUUCUAAUCUAAGUUAAUGUAUUAUACUUAUGCAACUAUAAAGAACACAUCAUGUAACAAAAAAAGGAAA